AAUGCAUGUGUGAGUGCACUAAACGUGUAUAACCUCUCAACGUUUUGCAAAAGUGUAUACACACGCAAGAAGAGUAUUAAAAUACUGUUUGUGUGCAGUCAAGCCAUACAAUCAAGGAGAAAAUUCACGCAGAAUCAGAGAUUAUACAAAUUUCGCAUUCCAACUUGAGCUUGACUGUGCAAGAAUAGUUAAAAGUCUUUCGUACAUUAGGUGUAUAAAAUCGCGGUUCAGUGACCGCGACAGUUAAUGUGGGUGAAAAAUGUAAAAAUGAAACAGAAUUGAAUUUUUUUUUUGACGUAUCUGGAUUUGUAUGAAUAGAUAUUAAAGGACGCAGGCGUCUCGUGUCAAAAAAAGAAGGCUUUUUUUUCUUUGGCACAUUUCUCAUUACACCAUAAGAGAGAAUGGAUACGCAAGGAGGGAUGUCGCGAAAUUCCGGUCCAGGUCUCUAUGAAUUCCUCAUGGAAGCUGAACUUCAACAGUAUUACCCUGGAAUUCGGGGUGACCUGAAAGUGCAAAACACAGCACAACUAAAAUACGUAACGGAGGAUGAUUUAAAUGCAAUCGGAAUGAGUAAACCAGAAAUGCGUCGUUUAAAGAAAUACUUUCAAAAGCAUUUUCCACAGAAUUAUUUAUCAAAAUUCAAAAAAAUGCUUCUACCAAAACGUGAGGAACAAAUAUCGGGAUCACUUGGCAUGUUACCGGAAGAAAGACAAGAUCGUCCACCAGUUCGUGUUCCCAAUAAGCACAUGAUUCCCGCCGAUGCAAUAAUUGUUAAUAAAGAAUUGGGAAUGGGUGAAUUUGGUGUUGUGCAACAAGGUGUUUGGACAAAUGACGGCGAGAGAAUACAAGUCGCAAUAAAGUGCCUAUCAAGAGAGAGAAUGCAAAACAAUCCAAUUGAAUUUCUUAAAGAAGCGGCAAUAAUGCAUUCCAUUGAUCAUGAACAUAUUGUCAGAUUAUAUGGUGUUGUUCUCGAUACAAAUUCACUGAUGCUCGUCACUGAAUUAGCACCACUUAGAUCACUAUUAGAAUGUUUAAAGGAGCCAAGUUUACGUGCAAGUUUUCCAGUUUUAUCACUUUGCGAUUUUUCCGUACAAAUUGCCGAUGGAAUGCAAUAUCUUGAGGCUAAACGUCUAAUUCAUCGUGAUCUUGCGGCAAGGAAUAUUCUCGUAUUUUCUAAAAAUAAAGUGAAAAUCUCUGAUUUUGGUCUAUCGCGUGCACUCGGCGUUGGCAAGGAUUAUUAUCAGACGAAUUUUAAUGUUAAUCUAAAAUUACCGAUUGCAUGGUGUGCUCCGGAAUGUAUUACUUAUUUAAAAUUUACAUCAGCGAGUGAUGUUUGGGCGUACGGUGUAACAUUAUGGGAAAUGUUUAGUUAUGGUUUUCAACCAUGGCCAGCGCUCACUGGUCAUCAAAUUCUCGAGGCAAUUGACGAGCCAAAUUUCCAAAGAUUGGAACAACCUGAUUGUUGUCCCAAGGAUUAUUUUACAUUAAUGCAACAAUGCUGGCAGCAUGAGCCAAUGAAGCGACCAAAAUUUUCCGAAUUAAUUAAUCUUCUGCCUGAUUUAAAGCCAGAGCAGGUGCAAGCUGUUCAGGAUAGUGCGGAAAUUGGACAACUCACUUAUCGACAGGGUGAUAUUAUUUCUGUUUUGGAUAAGGGUAGCAGUAAUACUUUAUGGAAGGGUGUGCUGAAUAAUGGUAAGACUGGAUUUUUUAAUCCAGCUCAUACGAUAGCGUAUCUUGGUUCAAAUUUACCGAGUAAUAAACCGGGGGAAUUUACGCGUGGCGAUGGAAAAAAUGCAUUUUCAUCGCAGAGAAGAAAAAUACGAACGGAUAUGAUUUCAUCGCCUCAGGGCGAUUUAAAGCAUACGGGUCAUGUUGGAUUGGAUGGAGCUUAUUUUGGUGAUAUCAGUUUCUUGGGUGGAAAGUAUCCGCAUUUACCUAGACAAGUUGUCACACCUUAUAAGCCGCAGGAGGAUGCGACAGAUAAUUCUAGUCAGAUUUUAAAUCAAGAUGGAAGGAGUGUUGAUUCUAAUAGAGAGCAGCCUGCCAGGGAUAAUAGAAUUCAUCAUUCACAGCUUGACAACCAAAGUAAACAUGAAAGUCUAUGGUCCGACACAAGUUCAGAAAUUUCGCAUUUGGGAUCAAUGGCGAAUGCUGCUAAACAAACAUCAACUACGACUACUGGUAAUACGGAUUCAGUUAGUGCUGAUCACGAAUAUCAUGAAAUCAGCGAUGAAGAAAAUCAGGACAGUCCCCUGAGAUUUGAUAAGCCAUUAAAUUUCGAUUUUGGACCUAGUCUCCUCGAUGAAAUGGACCAAAUGUUCCGAUCAUUAGGUUCUUCACCACCGCCACCUCUUCCUGGCCAUCCACCAACAGAACACGAAACAAGUAACGCUCGAAAUGAGCUUCGUGAGAUGCAAGCAAAACAGAGCAGUAAAAAGAAGCAAGCCACCGUGAGUCCAAUAAAUGUGAAGCCUAUAUCAGCGGCAGAUCAGAAAACACUCUACUCGGCCAUUGCAAUGGCCCAGGAAUUGACAGCACGUUCCAUGACAGAUCUUGAGCAACCACAGGAAUCGCCACGUACACCUGCAAGUCCCUCAAGACGUAGAAAAUUUUCUUUUAAGUUGACACAUCAACACAGUCCUAAACCAGACAGACGACACUUUUCCGAGGAAGCCGCCAGUAUACCUGACAUCCAGUGGCUUUGUUCGAGUUUGCAGUCGUUGUCGUCGACGGUGUCUAGUAUUGAAUCCCUGGGCGCGCCAUCAACAUUAAAAUUACCACUUUGGGAUAAAGCGUCGGCGGAAUUUUGUUUUGCAAAAUCACGUGAACUUUUAACGAAACCCAGUGCCUGGACAUCGUACAUGAAUGUUGAAUUCGAUAAUCAUAUUCUCGAUAAUAAUGCAACAAAGCAGAAUUUAAUGAAAUCGGCGGAAUUCUUGGAGAAUGGAAAUCGAAAGAGUAUCGCUGCCUGUGAAUCGAUAUUGGAUUUAGAAACAAAAAAUACAAAACAAAAUGGUAAAUUAUCGUAUAAUUUGGAGAAUUCAAAUAUGGAUUUUCCACGGGAGGCAAAGAGAGUGUCGACUAGUUAUGUCGAUCGUUAUUUUGAACAACCAAAGUAUUUGGAUGAUGAUGACGAUGCGGGAGAAUCGCCUAUUGAAAAAUUACCGGAAAAUUUCGAAAAAAUUAAUAAUUUGGAGCAUGGCAGUAUGUUUUAUUCAAAUUUCCCAGAACUUAAUAUUCAAUCAAUGAAUCUUAAUUCAGAGCAAAAGAAAUCCGAUUUUGAUAUUGAUGAGAAAAAUUUCGAUUCCAAAGAAUCGCCUCGUAAUCGUUCAUCAUUUAAAUUCGAUUUACCGAGUAAAGUAAAUCUCGAUUUUGGAACAAGACCGAAAGUGCUCGAUUCAACGAAAUUGAAUACAGAUUUGAAAAAAUUUGAUUUACAGAAAAUACGCGGAGGAGGGAAAGUUUCCUUUGUUCCAAGAAAUAGUCAAGAACUAAAAGUCGAGAAAGGUGCCAUUAAACCAGACACUUCACGACAAAAUUUAGAAGCAGUGCGAAUAAAUAUACAAAGUUUCCGAAAAAUCGAACAAAAUCAAAAUGGACACGAUAAUUUUUCUUUUGUCAUGUCAAAUAAUCCAUUAUUCGUCACCGAACCGGAGAAAAAAGACUCUCCAAUUUACAGUUCAUCAGAGAGUCUUCGCGUCAAUUUUCAACGUCUACGCAGAAAAUCCGACGCCGAAGCAAAUUCACAAGUUGAAUUGAGCAGUAAAAUUUUUGCCGAAAAAUAUCAGAGGGAAAUAUCAGGAAUGGAGAGUGUGAAAAAUUUUCUCGACUCAAAAAAGGGACAGGUGUUAAAUUUAGGAAUGGGCAAAUUAACACAAAAUAUGAUACAACUUGGUAAAAAUAUUGAGCAAAAUUCACGAAAUAUCGACGUCUCGUUGGGUAAGCCAAUGAUGAGAAAUUUAGAAAUGCCCGGUGGACCGAUGCAAAAACCAAAACAUCUCGAUUUAAAUGUUAAACAAUUGAAAUUGAAUUCAAAUCAAAAGAGUCCGGCAUUAAAUCAACAUAUUUUGGAACCACCGAAAUUAUAUCAGAAUGAGAGUAGUAGAAAAGAUUUGGAUAAAAAUCAUGGGAAUUUCAAUGUUUUUCGUCCUCGCACAUCCUCAUUGUCGGAACAUAGAAAAUCACCACUUCGCACUGCCAGACGUUCGUUUCAUCCAAAAAAUGAUUCAAGCGAUGAUUCCGAUUCAAUUUCACAUUCGGAAACUGAUAUUCGAAGUCGAUUGCGAUAUAAGAGACGUCAUAAAAGAAUGUCACAUAAUUUUCGUCUAAAUUUCAAGAAUCGAAGUCAAUUUUUACAUCCCGAUGCGGCGAGAGGUUUUUCCUCAAUUGAACUUUGUGGUAAAUCACCACCGCCUUCGACGAGUUUUUUAAAUUCCCUCUCGCCGCCAUUCUCAUCGAGAAAUAAUUUACUCUCGUGGCCUGAAAGUGCGCCUAGUUCGAGUUUAACAUUCACCAGUAAUUCUGAUCUUGAUUCAGACACAAGUUCGGAAUAUCCCGAAUUUACUAAUGACAUUUUAACCUUCCCUCCAUCGCCAGCUCCUUGAAGUAUCGAAAAAGGAAUUUUUUUCUUGAAAAAGUAGUAUUUUUCAAUAAAAGAAAAUUCUUUUUUUUGAAGAAUUUUCUUUGGAGAAAUUGUACUAUUU